UGGCCGAUUGAUCAUUGAAAGCGGCUUGCUGUCAAAAUAUAAAAAUAAUUUUUGUUAUCGCGCAUGCCAUAAUAAUUUAUGAAGCUCCAAAGUUUUAAUUCGUCGAUUAGUAACUAAAGCUUAAUGAAUUCGAUGUAUACAAUCUUAAAUAUUACAAAAGUUAUCUCGCAAAGGUCAUUUACACCUUUGCAAAUUGCUUCGUGUCGCACCUAUUGAGAUAGCGCCAGCGCUUUUACGCGCUGUUUACAUCCCGAAAUGAGUGAAGACGGCGGCGAUGACUCCCCGCCUCGUCCGAAGCGCAAAAUCAAGAGGGUAAUGAUAGUGUCGUCCGCGUCGGAGUCCGACAGUGAGGAGAGCGUUGUCGUACCUGGGACACGUAGAAAGAGAUUGAGGGUUUUAAGUGAUGAAGAGUCUAGCGACAGCAGCGGGAGCAGUGUGGUGGUGGCGGGAGUGCGGCGGCGGCGCGCCCUGCCCAAGCUGCAGGACUCCGACGCCGAUAGCGACGACUCGGCCGGCUGGGUGACCGACCCGGAUGCGGGCAACCCCGCCACAUCGACGGCAAAACCUACCUCGGGGUUUGCCUCGGACAGUUCGGAGGGCAACUCGGACAAGUGCUCAAUCUGUCUGCUGAGGUUCACGGACCAAGAGACGGGGACCCCGGAGAACUGUGAACAUGUUUUCUGUUUUGACUGCAUCACAGAAUGGUCCAAGAAUGUCAACACCUGUCCAGUGGACAGGAUCGCUUUCAAGUCUAUAAUUGUGAGGGCAUGCCUGGGUGGACGCGUCCUGCGCACUGAAGAGGUGAAUGUGACGGAACGUAGGUCACCAUCAAUAGAAUAUAUUGAGUUCCAGGACCUACCUACUAAUUGUGAGAUCUGCCACAGUCCUGAGAGUGAAGAAACCAUACUGCUGUGUGAUGGUUGCGAUCUUGGAUACCACAUGGCCUGCCUCACACCACCACUCACUACGGUUCCCAUUGAGCAAUGGUUUUGUCCGAAUUGUGCUGAACUCCUAGAAGAUGCCAUUCACCUUUCAGAGGUUGAGGAUUUAUUUUAUGAUGGAGUAGAACUACAGGAAGGACCUCGUCCGUCUGCUCUUCGAGUACCCAGAAAUGUUAGGCGAUCAGCUAGAAACUCAACAAAUACAGAACAACCCUCCACAUCAUCGGGUAUUCGUAGAGCUAGCACGCACCAAGCACCUACAACAUCUCGAUCGACCCGAACUAGCAGAUCGAGCUCUAGUUCUGCCACCAGACGACAAACAUCAUCCAUAAAGAGAAGGCGAAAGAGAAGAAAAACUAAAACCAUAGUUAUUGAAUAUGAAAUUGAAGGAAAUGGAAAGUUUCCUAUAACAAAGAGAGUAACAAAGAGGAUAAAAAAGAGAAAGACGAAACGUCGGCCGCGGACGGCCGCCCGGCGCACCCACGUGCGAGAGAGCGUGCGCGCCAAGCUCGCUGGCCUCAACUCCGAGCGACGCGCCGAAAUAACGCAGGCCGCCAACGCUGCCGUCGGCGUACAGAACCUGGCGAUGCAGAGAUACAGGGCGGGCAUCCCCUCCCUCAACCUGCUGGGGAACCCCAACCAGCUGGACUACUUCUCCGAUGACGAGGAUCACAUCUCGGAGGCGGCCACCACGGCCGUGGCUACGAGACCCACUGUUAAUAUUCUCAGUGCUUACAGACAGGCGAGAAGAAAAAUGAUCUCCGUCCCCUCUCCGCCGCACGCCUCGGCGGCGCCGGACGUUCUGUCCAAUAUCCUGGAGAGUCAAACGUUACUACAUUCGAAAAAGUCGCUCGUGUCGAUCUCUGUGGACGGCAGCAUCAACAUCAAACUGCAGACUCACUCCAAGCAGGACAAGAGGGACUCGAAGGAGCAAAAAGUAGAUCUGACCAACGCCGAGGCGGCUGCCAAGAAGGCGCCGACGUACCCCGGGCAGUCGCGCGGCGGGGGUGGCUGGGGCGGCGGCUACCGCGGCAGCUACCCGCGCGACCACCCGCAGAACAACGCCAACGGCGGCUUCCCCCGGGGAGGCAGCUACGACGGAAACUACGGGGGCGGUUACCAGAGCAGGCCGGGACAAAAUUUCAACAACUACCAGGGGAACGCGCGGCGAGAAGAACCCGAGUACUUCGACAGCUUCCCGCGGCGACCGCAUCAGUUUCCGCUCAACGACGAGCCGGCCUACUCGGACCGGCCGAGGAGGGGGACCCCCGUGGAAAACAACAGGGGCUCGAACUUCGGCCCGCCCCCCCCUAAUUUUCCGAGGAGCACCGAUCGGGGGCCGGGUCGUCACAGUCUGAACUCGUCCUGGCCGAUGUACGGCGGGGGCGGGGCCGGGCCGCGCGCCGAUGCGCCCCCGCCGCAGCCCCGGCACUCGUUCGGUGGCUUUGAGAAUCCCGUCGACAUGCGGGUGAGCCAGGCGCCGCCCGCGACCGCCGCCCCGCCCGACGCCGCCGCGGAGGCGCCGCGACAGGACAAGCGCCAGCCUCCGACGUUUCGAUCGCUGCCCGAAUCGCAGCCGCACCGUCCCCUCACUAGGCCGCCCGUCUUCAACUUCCCCAAAGUAUCGGAGAUUGAAAAGUCGGAGGACGAGAGGAGCGACUCGGGCCUGGUGAUCGACACGGAGAAGUACGACCCCACCGAGCCCACCAACGACGACGACAGCGGGGACGAGGACCGAGCGAGGGCGCGGCCGCCCGCCGCCGCUCCGCCCGCCGCCACUCCACCACCCCCGGCCGCCGUCGCGGCGCCCGUCGCCCCGCUCCCGCCUCCGCCGCCGCCGCCGGCUCUCCCCGACCGAGUUCAGACGAUCCUGGCCGGCAUCGACACGAGCGGGAUGAACGUGUCCCCCGACGUUUUGGACGACGCGGUCCGCCAGGUGCUGAAGGAGCACAGGAAUCUGAUGGCGGCCCCCGGCGCGGCCGACGCCCGCCCCGACGGGAGCGACGGGGACUCCGACGGCGACUGCCCCAACUUCUCCAUAUACUCCGCCACCAGCGUCCACAUCGCCAGCAGCACCGACCUGACGGACGACAUAGCGGACAGGCCCAGCGCCGCCGACGACCUUCAGGAUCUGGUCCAGGAGGACGACGACGCCGCCGACGCGACGCCCGCGCCCCCCGACCACGCGACGGAUAAGAAACUCGACGCCGGCCGGAGCAAACCGGCCCCGAUCGAGGCCGGCUCGAGGAGGACGGAGGAGGAGUACAAGGAGAAGGUUUCCAAGAGAUGCCCGAUAACGACGGUGACCCGAAAUCCUAUAAAGAUCAAGCUGAAUACGCCGUCUCUCAUCAGGCGGCAGGUGUCGCUGUACGACGAGGAGGAGGCGAGCCGGGGGCCCGACGAGCCGGAGAAUCCCGUCGAGGAGGAGAAACCCGACGACGACGCCCCGAGCCGCGUCGCCGACCCCACCUCGCCCGACCGCGCGGACGACAGCGACAGAAAAAUAGACGCCGCGACGACCGCUCAGUUUCGCGAUACGUUUACGAGGGGAUCGCCCAAAAUUACCGAGUCGCCCCAAAAGGAGAUGGAGAGUGCGGACGACGAUGACGGGCGCGUCGAGGACGGCGACCCGGGGGAGAAAUCGGAUUGUCCCUCGGAAAAGUCCGCCGGUGACAAAACACCGAAUGGCUUGGGUCGGUCGCGGGAAGACUUGGACGCGAAUUCCGAUAACGAGUCGCGAUCGCCCUCGCGCUCGCCGACGGAGGAGCCCGACGUGGACAAAGAGAUCGACAACGUCGAGAAGAUGACCGAGUCCAUUAGCGAGACGGAGGACGAGCGGAGUUACACGCCGUGCCUAGACGAGAACAAGUCCACCAAGGACGCGUCCUUCGAGAACGACAAGGACAAGGGCCUGGAGGGCCUCGACACCGAGAUGAUCUCCGAGGACGAGGGGAACGAGAUGUUCUCCGAGAACGAGGGGGCGCCCUCCGUCGCGUCCCGCCGGUCGCCCGUGCGCCCGCCCGCCGAGAGCGAGGAGGGGGAGAUUCCGGAGAAGAAGAAGGAGAGGAGGAGGAGUGGAUCGCGCGAGGAUAGCGGGAAGAAGAAGAAGAAGAAGGAGUCCAAGAAGGAGGGAAAGGAUAGGAGCAAGAGUAAAAAGAAGGGUGGAGAUGUAGCCUUCAAGAAGCUGAGUAGGAGCGGAAAGGAGAGGAACUACAGGGACCGUGACAAGGACGACAAGAAGGACCGAGACCGGCGCGGGUCCGACGCCGAUGCGCGCAAGAAGCGGCGCGAGAAGCGCAAGGAUCUCGAGCGCUACGACGUCCGCACCGUCGUCACCGAGAAGCGCCGCAAGCUCAAGGACCCCUUCGGGCGCGACGUGUCGCCGCGCGGUCGUUCGCCCACCCGCUCCCCCGCGCCCGUCUCCCCCGUGCGCCGCCGCUCCCCCGCGCUGCGUUCCCCCCCGCGCUCCCUGUCACCCGCACGACGCCGCUCGCCCUCCCCGCGCCGCCGCUCGCUCUCCCCGCGCCGCUCGCCCGCCUUCUCCCGCGGCCGCCGCUCGCUGACGCCGUCCCGCCGCUCGCCGGCCCGGCUGCGCCGCUCGCACUCGCGCGGCCAUCGGUCGCCCUCUAGGCCGCGCGAGUCGCAGUCGCGGGGCCGCAAGUCCCCGUCCCGACCGCGUCGCUCACCGUCCCGGCCGCGUCGCUCGCCGUCGCCGACCCGACGCACGACGUCCCGCGGCCGGCGCUCGCCCGCCCGCCGCUCCGCGCCCCGCCGCGCCAGCCCCGCCCGGGCGCGCUCCGCCUCGCGCCCGCGUCGCCGCCGCUCCGCAUCCUCGCCGCGCGCCUCGCCCCGCCGCCGCAGCCCCUCCCGCCGGAAGAGGAGGCGCUCGACCGGGGCGAGCCCCGCGAAGAAGGUCUCCAAGAAGAGGAGGCGGGUGCGUUCCGCCGCCCGGCGCUCGUCCCCCGCGGCCCCGCGCCGCCGGUCGCCGUCGCCGCCGGCCGUCCGCCCGCCGUCGCCCCGCACGCCGCCCUCGCCCGCCGAGCGCGACCCCUCGCCGCGGCCGCGCGCUGACCGCCCGCGCCGCCGGCCCCGCGACGCGCCGCCUCCCUCCAAGGAGGUGUUCACCUCCGGCGACAACAUCCUCGUCAGCGUCAGCUUCAAGGAGCAGGAGCGCGGCGUAGACGGCGAGCGCCGCAAGCGCAAGGAGGCGCGCCGCACGCGCCGCAAGCGCCGCCGCGCCCCCGCCGAGACCGACGCUGCGAAACCCGUCGCCAUCAUCGACCUGGAGCGCUCGCCCUUCCGCGAGCUGACGCCCUCGCCCAAGAACGUGAUCGUGCUCAGCGACAGCGACCCCGGCGAGCGCGAGCUGGCUGCACCCGCCGCGGCGCCUCCCGCGCCCGCCGCGCCGCCCCCCGCCCCCGCCGAGCCCGCGUUGGGCCCGCAGACGCCGCCCGAGCCCGCGGCGCCCCCACCGGAGCCCGCGCCCGCCCCCGCGCCGCCCGAUGCGGAGGAAGGCGGCUCCCCCGACGCCUACGACCCGUUCGAGCCGACGCGCUCGGCGUCGGCGUCGCCGGCGCGAGCGGUCUCCCCGGGUGCCGCGUCGCCGCCGUCGCUGACGCUGGAGGCGGCGCAGCGCAGCAACCUGUCGGCGGAUGAGGUGCUGGCGCGGCGGCCGCUGUCGCCGGCGGAGAAGGUGCUGGCGCUGCUGCAGUCGCAGCGCGCCGCCGAGCCCGAGCCGCCGCCGGAGCCCCCGCGCCCGGAGCCGCCGCGCCCGCUGCCCAAGCUAUUCCCGGGCAAGCCGUCGCCGAUCAAGUCGAACCCGGUGAAGCCGAUGCAGGCGGCGCGGCUGCCGUGGCCGCCGUCGGACGCCGGCGCCUCGCCCUACUCGCCGGGCUCGAGCGACUUCGGCGAGCUGUUCGAGCCGCCCGCGCCGCGCCGCGCGCCCAAGGUCAAGCCGCACAAGAGGAGAGGCAAGGCGGCUGCGGGAGACGAGGAGAACUUCAAGAUGCUGGACGAGCUGCCCGGCUCAGCGGUCGCGCUGCAAGUCAAAAACAAAUUCCUGAAGAAGCUGAACCGGCAGGAGCGCGUGGUGGAGGAGGUGAAGCUGGUGCUGAAGCCGCACUACAACCGCCGUCGCGUCUCCAAGGACGACUACAAGGAGAUCCUGCGCCGCUGCGUGCCCAAGAUCUGUCACAACAAGACGGGCGAGAUCAACCCGACGAAGAUUCAGGCGCUCGUGGAGGCGUACGUCAAGAAGUUCCGGAAAAAACACAAACUGGGCAUCGCGUGACAGCCCUAGUGUAUAGCGACGUAGCGUAGCAGAGGCAGAGUAUUGUAAUUAUAAUUUAUAUUACGGACAAUGUAUUUUACUUAAAUCACUUUAUUUAAAUAAAAAUAUAGGUUUAAUACCCGAUCUACUUUAUUUACUAAAUCUCAUUUUCGCUACUAACGUCACCUCCGAGUAGAAAUAAAAAACGUGUAACUUUAAAGCGUUUAUUCGAUAAUCGAUAAAAACAUGCAAAAUUCGAAACAUGCGACACUUAGAGAGCAAAAACUAUUACAUCUUUGGUUUACUACAAGAUUAAAGA